AUGAACACAUCCCAGGGACCGGUGGCAUUUGAGGACGUGUCUGUGGAGUUCACCCAGCGAGAGUGGCAGCUUCUGGACCCUGCGCAGAGGUGCCUGUACAGGGAUGUGAUGCUGGAGAACUACAGGCACCUGGAAUCACUGGGACACUGUGUUACCAAACCUGAGCUGAUAUGCAAGUUGGAGCAAGGAGAAGAGCCAUGGAUCUUAAAGAAGGAAUUGCCAAGUCACAGCCACAUGGAAUUAAUUAUUAGUAAUAGAAACCAUGUAAGAAAAAAGUCUGAUGAUUUCAGUGAAUAUGAGAAAACUCAUGCAGGAGAGAAGAUCUACGACUCUAAAGAGUGUGGGAAAUCCUUUCGUGAAAAAUCAUGCCACACUCAGCAUCAGAGAACUCACACCACAGAACCAAGCAAGUCUGAUGACAGGAAGAGAGCCUUCGAGAGGAAAUCACACCUCACUCAACAUCAGAGAAUGACCUUGGCAAAAAAACCUCAUGAGUGUAAGGAAAGUGGACGAGCCAUAAGUGGGAAGUCACACCUCACUGAAAAUCAGAGCAGUCACAAAGGAGAGAGAACCUAUGACUGUGGUCAGUGUGGGGAAAGCUUCUAUAAGAAAUCGAGCCUUACUCAACAUCAGAGCACACACACAGGGAAAAAGCCCUAUGAGUGUAACGAGUGUGGGAAAUCCUUCUUUGUGAAGUCCAACCUCACAGAACAUCAGAGAACUCACACAGGAGAGAAGCCGUAUGAAUGCAAUGAAUGUGGGAAAUCCUUCUGCCAGAAAUCAGCCCUCACAGUACAUCAGAGAACUCACACGGGAGAGAAGCCAUACAAAUGCAACGAAUGUGGGAAAACCUUCUGCGUGAAAUCAAACCUGACUCAACAUCAGAGGACCCACACUGGAGAGAAACCCUACAAGUGUAACGAAUGCUGGAGAUCUUUCUGUGUGAAAUCCAACCUUGUAGUGCAUCAGAGAACUCAUACAGGAGAAAAACCCUACAGAUGCCCUGAGUGUGGGAAAACCUUCUAUGAAAAGUCAGCCCUCACAAAACACCAACGAAUUCACACAGGGGAGAAACCCUAUGAAUGCAAUGAAUGCAGAAAAACCUUCAGCCAGAGGUCAGCCCUCACCAAACAUCAAAGAAAAACACACAAGAAGAAAACGCCUAUCAACACCCUCCGCGUGGAGAAACCAACAUUGGCGAACCAAACUCAUUGA